ACUCGGGCUUACACAUUUUGUCCUUAUCCAUUGGACUCUUAAAAAGCUGUUGCAUUUAAUUACUCAUUUCUCAAAGCAUUUAUUAAUCAUUUAUUAUCUCUUUGUUCGUUUGCUGGAGAUGUAACUUGACGUAUGAAGUGAGCCCAGUCAUUUCAUAACCGAGCACAUCUCAGGAGGAUGGAAGCACUGAGUGGUAGGAAGGGCCUUACUCAUCGUGGCACGUGGUGGUACAGCUCUAGCUGGGGCCUCUGGUACUUCAGAAAUAGAAAUACCACUGCCUUAAUCUGCCCCAUCACCUGAGAUAUCUGAGGCACUGAAUAAUUAGGUGACAGCUGCAUAUUGGAUUGAAGAUUAUAGCCUUGUUUUAGCACUGUUAAGCCUGCUCAGUUGUUCGCUAUGAAUGAACCUUUCCCAGCACCUGGUUUGGGUGUCAGAGCUCACAGUGCUGCAGCCUUCCCUCUGCACCUUUGGUUAACAGAGCAGGAGAACAGCUUUUGGGUUGAGAAUGUUGAGAACUGAGUCUUUUUGGGAAUCUGACAAAAAUCUCCUCUUUAGUACCCGGUGUUGUAGAACUGCAGGUAAAUUCUGGUCAGCCUGAGCACGGUGGUCACUCUCAUGCUUCAUCCCCUGCUCUCUGUCUGCUUCCAAACACAAAGUGUCCCCAAAGAGGCAUCAGAGGAAAAUCCUCAGCGUUCAGCACUACUGGCCACAAGUCCUGGCAUCAGAGGGCUCAGGGAACAGCACAGGGUCUGCCUUGGCAGAACGACAGCACUGGCUGAGUGAUUUCCUCAAAGACUUACAGGUUCUGCCAGGGGAGUCAGCAUCAGAUUUCUCCCAGAUGUUUCGGUUUCCUUGUGACUGCUACCAGAAGAUAAAGAAAGCUUUAUUUCCUGGUAGCAAGAAACCUUCAUUUCCAUAUUGAAACCUUUAUUUCCUUAUCAAAACCUUUAUUUUGUUAUUGAGCAGCAUCCCACUUCUCUAUUGCAUUUCUCAAGGAGAGCAGCACAGCAAACAGCAAAACAGCCACUGUCAAGCAACCAACCCCACCAAAACCCCACCUGCCUAAGGAAUGAAUGUCUCUAUUCUGUCAUUAUGAGAAGAAGUCAUAAGGCCCAAGAUCAUCCCAACCAUAUUGAGAUAUCUUAACAAAGCACCUGAUUCAGGCAGGUGUUUCUCUUUUGCUCUAGUCAAUGGAGUAAGGAAGCUCUGAGAACAGAAGAGGAGACAUCUUAUAAAUGCUGUUGCUUUAUUUCUUCUGUCCGUAAAAAAAGUCAAAGCCCACCUGGGUUUUAAAUUGCUUUUCAGGCUUUCCUAAUGAAUGUCUCUGAAUAUUUGCAUGUCUUUUGUUUGCCCUCAAUAUGGGGAAAAGCUUAAGUCAACAAGUUUUUAUUUGAUUUGUAAAUAAUGCCAGAGUGACACUUUAUUACGGAUUCCCAAAACUCCGGCUCCAUGUCUUAUCCUUCAGAUAUGACAUACCAGAGACAUCACCAGAGACAGGCUGCCAGGUGCAGAGUAGGGGACAAAAAUGAAAAUAAUUUUGAGGAAAGACCAUCUAGAACUUUACCCUAUACCUCUGUGUAGCCUACAAACCAUCAGGAGCUGGUGAAAUAAUUGCUUUGGACAGAUAAUAAAACAUCCUCAAGCAAAACUAAGGUAUUUAAUAUACUGCUCAAGUCAAUUUCCCUUAUUUCUGCUGUCCUUUUGCUUUUAAUAGUGGUUUAAUGAAAAAUCCAGAAUUAAUUGAAACUGGCAUUAGGCAUUCAUGUGUUCCGUGAGGAUUUCAUUGCUUCAAUAUUUCAUAAGCUGACUUCACUGCUAUGCUUCUCCUUAUCCUGCUUUCAUAGGCCAGGGUAUCAUCCCUUUUCAUAAAAUGAAGGGUCCCAGUGUGGACAGAUGGGGGUACAUGAGGAAAGUCUGCAACCACAUCAUAGGCAAAGAAAUAAAAAUAAUAGCUGCUUUCUUCCUGCCACCAUCCCCCCUUUCUCUGUAAUGAUUUGCAUCUGAGCCUUGAUGGGAAAGAGCUGUCCUAAAAAUAAACAGGAUCUGUCUGAAAGGUGUCUGAGGGAGGUAUUUGGCAACUGUCAGGCUGUCACGUAUGCUGGAGGGAUGGAGCUGAUGGACUCGCUGACACCAGACAGGCUCUGCUGAAGUGAGAAUGCCUUAUGCUCCCCUUGGCACUCACUGGGCAGAGUCUGCUGGCCAGAGCUGUCACACCACGGUGUGUCUGGGGCCUCUUCCAGGUCUGGCUGCCCUCAAUGAGAGGCUGCCCUUGCAUGGCUCUGGGAAUUGGAUCAGACCCUUGCUUUACCCCCGAGACUCUGGCUUUACUCCAGGGAUGAAGUUUGGCUCCCUAAGUGAAUGUCACCCCAGUGGGGAAGGAAUCACCAGCCCUGGGCUUGAGGCUUUCUGCAGGUCUCUGAAAAUGAGACCCCUCACUGAGGUACCUGGAUAUGGGGACCAGAGCCUGACCUUUUGUCUUUUCUGGGCUUUAGCAGCUUUAUCCCUCAGUUUCUCCAUCUCUAAUAGGGGUAGAGUUGUUCUGUCUUCAAGGUUAUUGGAAUAUUUGUAAAUGCAGGCAUCCUUAACUGCUCCCAAAGCAUGACUGUGCUGAACGCAGUUCCUGUUUCCCACAAGGUGCUUGGAGAACAUGUGUUACACCAUACUGCAGUCAUGAGGUGAGCAAACACAAACACCAAGACUGGCAUGACUCAUCUCACGCCUUUGCAGCAGCUCAGUGGCAGAGCAAGGACCCGAGAAUCCCAGACCCCACCAAAACAAUCAUACCUUGGGAGUGACCCAAGCUGAAAGGAAACGCUGCAAUUUCAGCAGCAGCAUGAAGCUUCAGUUCUUCUCAGCUGCACAGGGAAAUCUCCACUGCCCGUGGUUGUGGUGCAAGGGAAGAUAUUUGCUGCUGUUCUUGGCAGAGAUAAUGUGCUGGGGAGGGAGAAGGGAGGUGUGGAGGAAAGGUGGAAACCUCCUUGUUCCCCCAUGGGAGUGGACACUUCUCUUAUUCUCAAUGGCAGCUGACUGCUGCCUUAUCUGAAAAUCAGGCUGUUUUGUUAUCUGCUGGGAAAGAGCAGCUCCUCUUUAGUGAAGAGCAGACCCUGAACUCAACAGUCUUGCAGUACUUUGAAAAUACUGGUCUAUGUUAAGAAGAAUGGACGAGGGAAUUAAAGUCUGUAAUAUGGGCUGCAGAAAAGUUACCUACAAGAUAAGAGGGUGACUUGAUCUUUUUGAGAAAAAGAGCAAAAAAGGCUUCCUUAUCUUCAUGGUGUUUGCUCUGAAGUAUCAUCUUGUGACUGACAGAGUCUGCCUUGCAGGAUCAGUCAAUUACAGCCUGUGGAUGACAUCAACUCCUUCCUUUCAGAGUGGCAUUGCAUUUCCCAAAGUGUGGCUGGUUCCUCUUGGCACUUCAAGGCCUCUGUGCCACCUGUUUGUGCCUGCAGCCCUGUGGUUGAGGUAUGGGGCUCCCUCUGACGUGCUGCACAGGAUACCCAGCCCUGCAAUUAGACAGGGUCUGAAAGGAAGAGCAAAUCAAGACAACGAACCAUGGAGGACUCAUGUGAGUCAAUGUCAGAUGUGUGGGGGUGUGAUGAGGAGUGAGUGAGUCCUACCCCUUCUGGAGGGUCCCGGAUUGUUUGUGAGCAGUAACAGGGCAGAUCUCCUGGGGGAACCUGCGCUGCAGUGAUGAGAGUUGUUCACACAGCCAGGCUCUAGCUCAUCAGGGUGCUGGGCUCUCCUCUGUGAGGAAUUUGUCACUAUGCAGCUGUACUUCUCUUCAUUAAAGUGGCCAUGUUAAAUAGCUGUGAGGUUGCUAAAUGCCUGCUUUGCUAACUGAUCUUCUCCCCAGCUGGCAGCUUUUUAGAGCAGGAGACAUGAGGUUGCUAAACCCAUUCAUUUCUCACAUGCACCCACGUUUCUAAUGUCUGUGGAGAUCUGGCUUUAAAAGUCCUCUGCCAGCCAUUGGAAUGAAGAGCACUUUGUGAAGACACUGUAAUUAUGAUGGGAUUUAGGGGUGUGUGGAAAUGAUUCAUGGAGACAUUUCCCAGCCAGCAGGCUCAUGGAGCCAGGUGAGCUCUUCCCUGGAAUGUGAAGCACGCAGCGUGGCAACUGGGGAGAAACAGGUUUGGCAGGACGUUUUUAAGCUGUUUGCAGCAGCCAGCCUCUUCAGAGCCACGUCCCUGCCUUGCUGCUCUCCCAGCUGGAUGCUCUGCUCUGCCACGCCGGCCCUGCUGAGCUGGAGGGGAUGGACACGCUGCGCAGGAGCCUGUCUCGGUGGAAGAGGUACCACAUCAAGGUGCACCUGGCCGAUGAGGACCUGAUGAUGCCCCUGACAGUCAGGCCCAGGGACACGGUGAUGGACCUGAGGGCUCUCUUGGUCCGGGAGGGCAUCACCUCCUGGAAGAAGACGUUUUAUUACAACUCCAGGCAGCUCGAGGAGCAUGAGACGCUCAAAGAAGCCAAUAUCCAGAAUGGUUCUGUCCUCCUCCUUGUCAGCAAUAAAAGAUAAUGCCAAGGAGCACAGCCAAAGCCAUGAGGGACGGGGAGUGUGACAAGGGCUGAAGGGAAGCAGAUGGAAGAGAGCUGGCCCACGGAAAGGCAGCCUGGCCACCAGUGUUGGUAAGUCCCUCCCUGCAGGCCAGCUCGAGGACUGUUCACAAAAGCAGCUCCAAGUGUUUCCAGCAUGGUGCCCAUGAAUAAUUAACCCAAACAAAACAACAAAUGAGUGUUUCCUCAUCAGCGUGCCAUGCGGACCCAGCUGCCAACGGAGGAGUGUGGUGAGGCUGACUCAGCUCCUGAGAGCCAUGGACCAGUGAAAUGCCCAGGAAAGGGGAUUCCUGCCUGGGCAACGGAGCAACAAGGAGCUGAGGUGGACUUUGCUUAGGGCCCUAGAUGGGGACAUGGGACAUCCAAGCCUCCUGAUGGCUGCUCUCAGGAUUCUGCAUUGCUGCCUUUCUCCAGAGCAGGAAGAGCUGGUUUGGUUGCUGUCCUUCAAAUGAUGCAUCUCAUCACGUGGGAAAGAGUAGGACAAAACCACCUAGAAAGAGCCACAGGACCAGCACAAAAAGAGGUCCUUCAAAACCAGCCAGGCUCUUUGGAGUUUUGCCUUUCUGCAAAAGGCAAACUGACCUGAGCUGGAUUAGCUCCAGGAUCUACUCUAACACCUCCUGCCUGUAGCUGGCAGCUCUGGCCAGCUCUGGAAGGCUUUCUGCAGCUCAGGGGGAUAUCUGUAAUGACUGAAUUAACCGUGCUGCUGUGGGGAGCUGCCUGGAUACCAGCAAAGAUGCUGACAGUAAGAACUGCUGUGAAAUGGGUGUUUCCCUUGUCUGUGAACACAGGUGGGGCCGAGCCCAAGGACCAGCACUGGAAGGUGUGGGAGGUCCUGAGUGGGCUGGAGAUGGAGAAGUUUGAAAGCUCACAGAGCUGCUCUGUGCACGGGACUGCUGCUUGCUGGGACUGUUUACCUUUGGGAUCCUGCUGCUGGUGGAGCAUCACAGCACUGGAGCAUCCAAAGCACUGCUGUUCACCUCCUCCUUGCAGCUGCAGCCAGGACUUUCCAGCAGCUCCUUCUCCAGAGCAGAAGGCAAGCCCAGGCAGGUCCUCUCCAGUCAGGCAGCUCAGGCUGGGGCACGUUCCAGUGGCUCCUCUGUGCUUCUCCUGUACCCGAGACAAGCAUGCAUCAAGUGUUGCAGUUUACAGGGCCAUCAGCCUGGCAGCUUUCCUCACUAAAUUCGCUUUUUAAAGUUCCAUCAGUGCUGUAUCCAGGGGGAAUGGAGGAACAGAUGCAGCCUGUGAAGUCUGGCUUUAAUUCACCCGCCUCAUUUAAUUUCCUGCCCUGCCUACUAAUCAAUGAGUCUGCACUAGCAGCUCUGGGAAUACCAUGGCUUUUCCACAUCCAGGAGAGUUCAACCCAGUGGCUGAACUGCCAGGGUCUCAAGCAGGCUGUCACUGUCCUUUGAGGCCCCUUCAUUGUGGAUUUCCCUCCUCCAGAACCCUUGCAGACACCCUGCAGCCCACAGCAGCUGCUCCUCAUUUCCUUGCAGGGCACAGGGGCAGCUCUGUCCCAUUGUCCCCCUCAGCCUGUGUGGCAUUCCCUCCUGGAAGUUCUGUCCUUCAAGGGUUUCAGCCGCAGGCUUUGCUUUUUGGGCCACACGCUUCUUGCUGGGGCCAUUUGUCACCUCCCAGCAGAGCCUCCAGGGGCUGCUGUCCCCCCACAGCCCCCGAGUGUGGCACCUCCUGUGGCAGCAGCUCCCUGGCCACAGAAACACAACUUUCCCACUCAUCGUCCUGGGAAAAUCUGUCAGAAGAUCAGAGAAAAGAAUGAGAAACAAUUCUUGAAUUGCUACACCUAGGAUUGGAGAAACAAUUCUUAAAUUGCUGCCCCUAGGAUUGUGAACAUGUAAAAUGUGUUAUAAAGAUUUGUUUACCAAAAAGUAGUUUCUUAAUUUACCAAUAGUAAUAGUGUUUUAAGUAAAAAAAAAACCCAGUUAAGUCAACCUGUAGUGAACCAAUCUAUGAAAGAGCAAUGAGUUUCUUAAUGAAAAUACAUGAAUCAACUUUCUGUAAUACAUAAAGUCUACAGCAAUGAUGACCUGGCUGGCUUCAUCUGCUGUGGUGACCCCAGGUGUCCCUUCUCCAAGGACAGUGGUCCCACCUCAGCUCAGUGCUGCUGUCAGGCACUGCCUCAGACCCUCAGGGCUGCAGGAAGCAGCAGUGAAAGGGUUUCUGGCACUUCUGCUUUCUGUAAGCAGACCUCCUCAAUAUUGGGGUUUUUUUGGGGCUCCUGUUAAUCCAGGCAGUGCUGCUCUGUUGUUGAAUCAGCCGUGUCAAGGCUGCCUUUGCCUGGUAGUACCUAUUGUGUGACAUCUCUUGUUAUAACCUGUACCAGAUUGCUCUUUGCCUGCUAAAAUGGACAAUUAGGAUCCAGUUGUGAUGCAAAUCACACAGUGGAAUAAAAUCCCCCAUAAGUAGUUAUGUCAGCCUUUGUUAUGGCAGGGUGGCUUCAACUCUGCUCCUGCUCUGGAGGAUCAGGAGGAGAGAGUCUGUUGUGUUUUAUAGGCACAAACUCGAUGUAAAGCUGCCUUUAGGCACUGGCAGCCCUGGCAGUGAGUGUGUGUGUGCAAACCCAACAGACAGAUUCCACCCACACUGGAAAUUUGAUGAUUGCCUUGUUUUGUCAAGGCUCUGUUUUAUACACCACAGGCCAAGCCCGUGGGGUGAUUGCCAGUCUCUGCACAGGGGCUGAGAUGAGAGAGAAGCACAGAGAUGCUGGAAUUUCAGUCUGCCACCAAAUGUGCUCCUAAUCCUGAUGGCCUUGUAAUUGUGAUGCUGUCACUGGUGUCAUUGCAGUUGUUCUUGUCACUGUUUUCCUGUGGUUGGUGCUAAAUAUUGUAAAUGAAGAGAAAUAUUUAGAUUUGUAAUGGAAAUCUAAAUUUACGGUGGAAUUAAAAACACAGGAGCCUGAAAAGUCAAAUGGAAGAGGUAUGUUUUCAUUUCAAAUGGCAAGUCAUAGCCAUGUAAAGUGAUAUUUUGUUGAUACAGCUGCUUUUACUGCAGAUCUGCUUUGCAUUUCCCCAGGCCAUGGGUAGCAAAGAAUGACGCUGAACGUUUCCUCACCCUUGAGAACUGAGGUGGAAUAUCUGUGUUGAUAAAGAGCUACAGCUGGGGGUCAGUGUUGUGAGGGUUACCUGAGCUUGUGCCCUCCCUGUGAGACCCAGAGUGGGAGCAAUGCCUGUCCAUAAUGGAAAUUCUGCCUUCCAGAGGACAGCAGGAACGAGGGUGAGGCUGGUGGAGCCAGAUGGAUGAGCUGAGCUCAAAGUCCUCCGAGGAGCUAUGGCAACAGAACUUGUAUAUCUACUCAGAAAAGCCUUUGCAACCACCAUAAAUGACUUUAAAUGGCCUUAUUUUCCUGCUAGCAGUGGAAUAAGCAGCUUCAAUGGGGAGGAGUAAAUCCACUUGAUUACACAUGUUGCUGGGAAUAGCACUCUUAUUGGUUAUUACUAAUAACCCAAUCUGUUACUGGUGCUGUGGCUGCUGACACAGGCACUCUGAUCUGCCAGGGAAUAACUGUACAGCUCCUAAAAUUCCAAUUACACUGGAACAAGGGGACUCAGAAGGGCCCCAGGGGAGGAAACUCAGUGGGAAGCAAAGUCAACGUGGAGCACUUGGGUUAUAAAUAAGGGGUGUGACAAAUGAAAUCUAUCUUUGGAGGAGGAUUUCUGCCAGGCAAGGCUGAGCUCUUUCCAUCCUGAUGCUUUGCUCAGGCCAUCCAUGGUGUUGGUGUGUCAGGUCAUGAGGUGAUGGAGGUGUUGGUUUAUUGGCUGAUCUGGAGGAAAGAGGGAAUUCCAGCCCUUGGUGUGCAAAGCAGCUCGAGCUCAGGGCUUCAGUCCAGGAUUUAGAUGAAAUUUCUCCAUUGAAAUCAAUGGUAAAGCACCUGAUCACCACAGCAGGAGUGUUCUCACACAGCAAUGCCCUGGGAAAUUCUCUCUUGGAAUAGAUCACAUUCUGCUCUUAUUUAUACAAUUAUAAAUUCAGGGUAGCUCCAUUUGAAACAACUGUUUUCAUCUGAUGCAAAUAAAAUCAAGAUCUGGCCCAGGCUGCUUUUGUACACAAUGGAAACUGACUGAAUUAUGGAAAGCAAGAAACAAAUCUAAUGUAAAUCUGAAUGGAAAUAUCAUGCUCUCUGUUACAUCAGAAUAAAUUGGAAGGAAGUCUGUUGA